AUGGCCGGUCGCUACUCCAACCUGCCACCGCCGCCGACCCGCGACUCGCUCGAACUCGCCUCGCUGGCCUCGUCGUCGCAUCCGUCGCGACGGACUUCGGAGGAAUCUUCUUCCUCAGGCGCGCCAUCUUCGCGCCGACUGUCUUUUGACGACGAAGACCCCUUGUCUGAGUUGAAUCCAGCCGGCCAUGAUGCGAAUAGACCACGGCAUAAGCACAAUCGCUCGUAUAGCGUGACGUCCGCCUUUGACUUUGCGCCUAACCUAUUCCCGCUCUCUAGCACAGCACAAGGAUACACAGCUUUGGGCGCGCCAUCGAAUCCAGCUUUGGACCCAUCGAAUGCGCUUAAUGGCGGCUCAUUGGAGAGGAACAAGAGUUUAACAUAUCUCAAUGGGUUAUCGCUAGUCAUUGGACUUAUCAUAGGAAGUGGCAUCUUCUCUUCGCCGUCGCAAGUCAACAAGAAUGCUGGCUCGCCUGGCGCGUCACUGCUGGUCUGGGUGGUAGCUGGUAUCCUGGCCUGGACAGGUGCUGCAAGCUAUGCGGAGCUCGGAGGAGCCAUACCGCUGAACGGCGGUGCUCAGGUCUAUUUGUCCAAGAUAUUUGGAGAGUGGGCAGGUUUCUUGUUCACAUGGUGUGCAGUCAUGGUGCUCAAGCCGGGCUCGGCAGCCAUCAUAGCAAUCAUUUUUGGAGAAUAUUUGGUGCGCGCGAUAAUCGGGGCCGAGGCUGUGGAUGCGAGUACGUGGUUGAACAAGAGCGUGGCUUUGGUGGGACUCGUCUUUGUCACCCUCCUCAACUGCGUAUCCACAAAGCUGGGCACGAGGAGCGCUGAUAUCUUCAUGUUUCUCAAGUUCUUCGCAUUGCUGGGAGUAACAGUAAUCGGUAUCGUCGUCGCCGCCACUGGUUUUUCAUACAAGGGCGAUGCGAAUAAAGACUGGAAAGACCGCGGCUGGUUCGACGGCACCAGCGAGAACGUCAGCAACUGGGCGGUGGCGCUGUAUGCUGGCCUAUGGGCGUUUGAUGGCUGGGACAAUGUCAACUAUGUCACCGCCGAGUUCAAGAACCCUACCCGCGACCUACCCCGCGUAAUUCACACGUCCCUGCCGCUCGUCAUACUCUGCUACCUUCUAGCAAACGUAUCAUACUUCCUCGUGCUUCCCACAUCCAUCAUCGAGUCGUCGAAUACUGUUGCUGUGGCCUUUGGAUCGCAGGUCUUCGGGCCUGUUGGCUCCCUUAUACUCGCCCUGUUUGUGUCGGGAUCAUGUUUCGGUGCGCUGAAUGCAACUACCUUCACUUCUGGUCGCCUUGUGUACGCAGCAGGAAAAGAAGGCUAUCUGCCCUCGUUAUUCGGAAACAUUGGGCUUGGAAAGAAUCAUCGUGCCAUACGGUUGCACAGUAUGAAUGCAAACCAAGGAAAGAGCAAGAUAUCUAGUAAGCUAGUAAGCUGGUUUGCAGAUGAAGAUGCGGGCUUCUUCUUUACACCCAUAUCCGCCAUGGUACUCAAUGCCACACUCACGGCCGUCUACAUUGUGGUCGGAUCUUUCGAUACACUCGUUACCUUUUACGGCGUCGCUGGAUACGCCUUCUACUUCCAAACUGUGCUCGGCCUCAUUAUCCUACGAGUCCGCGAACCAGAUCUAGAAAGGCCAUACAAGACCUGGAUCACCACACCCAUCAUUUUCUGCUGCGUCAGCUUAUUCCUACUCUCUCGAGCCGUCUUCGCCGAGCCACUCCAAACGCUCCUCGUCGUCGCAUUCAUGGUUGUAGGCCUAGUAAUCUGGUUUGCAUGGGUAGGCCGUCGUCGAGGUCAAGAAAGGAAUAAAUUCCGCAUGCCCGACGAAACAAACGAGAAAGUAGGCUGGAAAUUCUGGCAACGAUGGAGAAGAUCAUGA